AUGACAAAAGCUGAUGUCCUUAUUACUGGGGCGUCUGGCUAUCUCGGUGGCACACUUCUUGCUCGAUGGCAAUCAGCGCAAAUUUCGGGUUACGAAAAGCUCUAUGCUCUCAUUCGCAAACCUGAACAAGCUGAGACCGUGAAGAAGCUUUACGACGCUGAACCGGUCCAGGCUUCUCUUGAAGAUGAGGAUGCGGUCCAAGAACUGGUUGUAUCCAAGAGAAUCAAUCCCGUCUUCUUCCUAAUCGAUGCAUACAGUUUGCAGAGCCAAACAUCAUUCAUCAAGGGGCUAUCAGCUUUGAAGGCUCAGACAGGACUAGACACGCAUUUUAUCUAUACUUUAGGAACUCAACAGUUCUCAAGACUUUUGGGGCUACCUAACAACCGACCUCUCGAUACCGACCCCGAGUUAUAUGAACUACAGAAGAAUGCAAAAACCCCGAUGAAAGAGAUGAAAGUUUCCCUCGAUACUAAUUGCCGCGUUGUCGAACUUGGUUUAGAGUUUAGAGUCAAUACUUAUGCCUUCUCGCCUUGUAUUGUCUAUAGUAAAGAAAAAGAUUUCGGCAACCCUAUCUUAAUUCAGACUGUCAAUAUCGUCAAUGCCGCUCUAGCUUACAAACACGUCUACAUCAUUACAAACCCGUCUGAUCCAGUAUAUAGUAUUAGUAAUACUAUCAACUAUGCCAUUCUUAUUAAAGCAGUCCUCAAUGGACAAGAUCUUAACUACAGUAAAAAUAGCUUCUACCUUGCCUCUAGUAGCCGUGUCUGCUGGAUGGACUUAUACAAAGCUGUUGCCAAGGCUUUAUAUAAUCGUGGCCUUAUUAACGAUGAUUAUGUCCGGCCGAUUACUAAAGAGGCGCGUGAAACUAUUGGCAAGGGUCUCGGUAUUACGCCUGAUACUAUUAAGCUAAAGGUUGCUGGAAAUUCUUGGUAUAAGCCUGACCAUGCUAAGGCUAACGGUUGGAAACCUGAAUUUGGUCCGAGCAUAUCCUAG